GGCCUUGCGCCCCGGCGCAUGAGCGCUCGGGCGCUGUAGCGCAUCUAUUAUACUGCCUUGCCGAGGAUAAAAAGAAGAGCAACUGGAGGGACUGUAAGGCAAACGUUGCUGGAGCUGCCGGGGCAAAUUUGCUCUAGGUUGUAUGGUUGCACCCUGGAAAUGGGAUGUCAGUCCCAUUCAGGGAGCAUAAAGGAAGAAAGAAAAUCUCCCCGUUGCUGCCGCAGUGACAGCGAGUGAGAGCCCGAGCAGGAAGAUGUCGGCAGUCGCCUCAGCGAUCCAGGCUCCUCAGGGCCCUGUGAAUCCGCCGCCUCCAGAGGUGACAAAUCCCAAUAAACCUGGCAGGAAGACCAACCAGCUGCAAUAUAUGCAAAAUGUUGUGGUGAAGACCUUGUGGAAGCAUCAGUUUGCUUGGCCUUUCUACCAGCCUGUUGAUGCAAUUAAACUGAAUUUGCCGGAUUAUCACAAAAUAAUAAAAAACCCCAUGGAUAUGGGGACAAUCAAGAAGCGCCUGGAGCACAACUAUUACUGGAGUGCCAGUGAAUGUAUGCAGGAUUUCAACACCAUGUUUACAAACUGUUACAUUUAUAACAAGCCCACAGAUGACAUUGUCCUCAUGGCCCAAGCCCUGGAGAAGAUAUUCCUGCAGAAGGUUGCCCAGAUGCCUCAGGAGGAGGUGGAAUUGCUACCCCCAGUUCCUAAAGGCAAAGGUCGCAAGCCCUCAGCGGGCACACAGAGCACAGGAGCGCAGCAAGCCGUGGCCGUGUCUUCCGUGUCCCCGCCGGCCCCGUUCCAGAACGUCCCUCCAGCCGUGUCUCAGACGCCCGUCAUCGCUGCCACCCCCGUGCCAACCAUCACCGCCAAUGUCCCGCCUGUCGCCGCCCCUGCCGCCGCCGCCCCGCCGCCGCCCGCCGCUCCGAUCAUGCCCGUGGUGCCUCCCACGCCCCCGGUCGUCAAGAAAAAGGGAGUGAAGCGGAAAGCUGACACCACCACCCCCACCACGUCUGCCAUCACUGCCAGCAGGAGCGAGUCCCCCACGCCGCUCUCGGACCCCAAACAGGCCAAAAUCAUCGCGCGCAGGGAGAGCGGCGGCCGCCCCAUCAAACCACCAAAGAAAGACCUGGAGGAUGGAGAGGUCCCUCAGCACGCAGGGAAGAAGGGCAAACUCUCUGAGCACCUCAAGUACUGUGACAGCAUCCUCAAGGAGAUGCUCUCCAAGAAGCACGCAGCCUAUGCGUGGCCCUUUUACAAGCCCGUGGAUGCAGAGGCCUUGGAAUUACAUGACUAUCACGAUAUUAUCAAACACCCCAUGGAUCUCAGUACUGUGAAAAAAAAGAUGGACAGUCGGGAAUACCAGGAUGCACAAGGUUUUGCAGCAGAUAUUCGGUUAAUGUUCUCGAAUUGUUACAAGUACAAUCCUCCAGACCACGAGGUGGUGGCCAUGGCCAGGAAGCUCCAGGAUGUCUUUGAGAUGAGGUUUGCAAAAAUGCCCGAUGAGCCUGCAGAGGCUCCCCCUCCACCUCCCCCCACAGCCCCAGUGGUGAGCAAAAGCACAGAGAGCAGCCACAGCAGCGAGGAGAGCUCCUCAGACUCCGACAGCUCUGAUUCCGAGGAGGAGCGGGCGACUCGGCUGGCCGAGCUCCAGGAGCAGCUAAAAGCCGUCCAUGAGCAGUUGGCUGCACUGUCCCAAGCGCCAGUGAACAAACCAAAGAAAAAAAAAGAGAAGAAGGAGAAAGAGAAGAAAAAGAAAGAUAAGGAGAAGGAAAAAGAAAAGCACAAAGUCAAAGCUGAGGAGGAGAAGAAACCCAAGGUGGCUCAACCACCAAAACAAACCCAACAGAAGAAAGCUCCAGCUAAGAAAGCAAACAGCACAACCACAGCUAACAGGCAGCCCAAGAAAGGAGGCAAACAGGCAUCUGCAACCUACGACUCGGAUGAGGAGGAGGAAGGGCUGCCCAUGACCUAUGAUGAGAAACGACAGCUCAGCCUGGACAUCAACCGCCUGCCCGGGGAGAAGCUGGGCAGGGUGGUUCACAUCAUCCAGUCCCGGGAACCUUCCCUCAGAGACUCCAAUCCCGACGAGAUUGAAAUAGAUUUUGAAACCUUGAAGCCCACAACGUUACGAGAACUGGAGAGAUACGUGAAAUCUUGUUUACAGAAAAAACAAAGGAAACCAUUUUCUGCCAGUGGCAAAAAGCAAGCAGCAAAGUCAAAAGAAGAGUUAGCUCAGGAAAAGAAGAAAGAACUAGAAAAACGGUUACAGGACGUCAGUGGGCAGCUAAACAACAACAAGAAGCCUGCAAAGAAAGAGAAAUCCGGCUCGGCUCCCUCCGGAGGCCCCUCCCGGCUCAGCAGCAGCUCCUCCUCCGAGUCCGGGAGCAGCAGCUCCAGCGGCUCCAGCUCGGACAGCAGCGACUCGGAAUGAGCUCGGACACUGGGACACAGCCCCCAAACGGACACCCCUGCUCUGCAGUGUCCCCUCCCCUCCCUCCUCACCCUGCUCUCACCUGGGCAGCUGUUAUCCCCUCUCUCUUUUCUCUGACUUUUUAUUUUAUUUUUUAACUCAGUGUUACAAAUUUCCUUUUUUUUCCUUUUUUUUUUAAUUUGUUUUUUUUGGGGGGUGGGGGGAGUGGGCUCACUUUUAAUAGGUCAAAGAUCUUUGAGUGUGUGUGUGUGUGACUAGACUUUAUGACAAAUAGUUCCCUUUGCAUAAAGUCUCUAAAAUUUGCAUUUAUCCGGAGAAAAUUGGUCGGAAAUGGAAGAACUUUGAGCUCUUAGCAGGAGAUAAAUAGACAAUUCUGCAAGGUUUGUAGUACAUUUCCCUCCCAGCCCUUCCCUCUCCCCAGAAUAUUCUCUUUUAAUAAGCCUGCCUGGCUCACACAAGGUAAAAAACCAUCUUUUUUUUAAGAAAUCUCUGUAAAAUGGUACUGUAUCUGAAAGAUGUUAGCUUUUGAACUAGUUGGUGUAUUUGUUAUUAGCACUAGUAUUCUUAAUCUCCAAGUCUACAGUGUGAUGAAAAUGUCAGAUGCUAUCAUCUUUUUACAUAAAAAAACCACAAAAAAAAUCCAAAAAAAUUCUCAUGUACUGUGGAUUGCUAACAUGCUUUUUUUUUAAUCUUGGUAGAGGCAUAGGCACCUGUUCAGGAAGGUUUUGAAGCAUGACUUUAACUUUUAAGCACACGAGCAAUAGAAAUGGUUGCAUUUCUUGGUUUUCCACUCAAAAGCUUCACUUUUCCUGGGGAUUCAUUGGGAAGAAGGGAGCAAUGACACGCUCAAGUUUCUUGGGAAUGUUAUUUUUCCCAUUAAACAGCUGAUUUCCAGGAAAUGGGAUGCUCUCUAUGAAAGUUUUCAUGGAAUUGAGAGGAGUUUUUUUUGGCUGGGAGCUGUCAGCUGGAGGGAUCCCUGCAGUGACCAGGAGGAGUCAUGUGCUCCUUACUGGGCUCAUCUUGGGCAUUUUCUCCAUGACCAACACCUCAGCCUGGGCUUAAAAUAAAGCAGCACUUGAGCUCCAGCUGAGGCUGAGCUGGCAGGGGAAGUGGAGAGGGAUUUUGUGUGGGUUUGGGCUUUUUGUGAGUUUGCUUUGGUUUUCUUCCCUCUCCUCAUCGUUCUCCUAGAGAGGGGAUGCUCCUCCUGUGUCAGGCAGGGUUUCAAAUUCCAGGCACUGAAAUGUUUUACCUGUAUGAAAAGAAGAAAAAGGGGAGGGAGAAGAAAAAAAAAAGCUAAUUUUUUUAAAGCUUGCUGUUUUUUUCAAUCCAGCCUAAUGUUUUGACCUCUGCUGCAAUACACCCUGGUUUCAGUGUCCCUAAUUUCAUGUAUAUACCAUGACUUUAUUUAUUAAACACCAUUGGUUGUUUAAAACGUAAUUAAACCUAACAAAAGCAAAGCUGGGGUUUUGCAGGCCAGCAGACAGGAAGACUUCUAAUGAGGUUUUGAACCAGAUUAAAAACAAACAAACAAAACAACAACAAAGCAAAUAAAAACCCACAACUUUAUUUAUAUACCUUGGACUUUCUACCUACAGGUGCUACAGUCCAGUCUCUUGUGUGUCUGCUGCUCUGUCAUGUUUGGUGUGUUGUUUUUUUAAUUUUUUUUCUCUCUUUUCACCCCAGCCCCCUUUUUUCCUGUUUUGUACAGAUUUUGAAGACAUACACUUCAAUGCAAUUUUAUUUUCUCAGUGGUCUUUUUUCCUCCCCUCAUUUUUUCUUUUGGUAGAACAAUGGGGGUUUUAUCCUUUUCUAAUCCAAACUUAGGAAAACACCAGUUCUGUAACUAUAUCAAAUUUAUAAUCUGAGGGGCAGAAGUUUUAUUGUGAAGAAAAAAAAUAUGUAGAAAGUUGAACAGAAAGUUCUGCCUUUCUGUCUCCAGCACCAGCCCCUAAAACUGCCUCUCCCCUGUGGGGUGGCCCUAAAAGCUCUGCACUUGCAGCUGCUCCCCUGCUCAGUGCCAGUCACCACUGCCCAUCAGCCAAGGGUCAUUUGCUGGACACUUGGGCCUCUCAAAAAUGUGCUGCUGACCAGAGAUUCUUUCCCACAGCAAUUGGGAAAAAAAAAAAAAAAUUUGAUUUUUACUGAAAUUCAUUAUUUUUAUUUUCCAUUAACAAUAGAAUUCAGUUUUGAUUUUUUUUUAAACCUCCCCCCAGACAGAUCCCUGGUAAUAUAUUUUUCAGAAUUUACUAUGAGGAAAUGUAAUAUUCACCUAAUUAAGAGCUUGGGUUUCUUUUUAACGGGGUUGGGUUUCACCUGUGUUUUCUCCUGUUGCCUGCGACUUGAAUGAUCGAAACCAAGGAAUAUUUUAAGGAAUAAUUGCAACCAAUUCACUGCCAUGGCUUUUGGAUAAACAAAUCCCAGUUUUCCCUUCCUGGGACCUUUUCCUGCGUGCUUGACCCUGAGCUGUGGUGGUGGCUUCUGUGGGGAGGACAAAUUGGAGGUGACAGCUUCACUGCCACAAGAAAUAAAAUGGGAAUUUCAUCUCUGGCAUCAGGAACAGUCCCUGGAACACACAGACAUCCUUCCAGGAGCCACGGGGCUGCCUCACCAGAAUUAAUUGGGAAAGCUGGAGCCAGAGGGUUGAGAAGCACGUGUGAGGUGCUGGGAAAAGGCGUGACCCGAGGAGGAUCCCUGUUGGAGCUGGAAAACCAUCCCAGCCCGGGGAUUUUCCAAAAAACAACCUGCCAAGGCCACCACGGGAUGGGAAGGAUCUGCUGCACAUCUUUGAUCCACCAGCUGCAACUCGGGCUUCCACUUAUUGGGAAACUUUGUGUGGAAAGUGAAAUGGAGCAAGGAGAAAUCCAUUUUGGCAUGAUGGAGAGAAGAAUUUGGUGAUUCCUCACUUCCAAAUGCUGUCCUUACACUUUUCCACUUCCCAGCUUAUUUGUUGUGCUCUUUAUCCCCACCACGUCCAUGGGGGUGCCUCCUGUACAUCCUGAGUUUCUCCAGGAAAGAAAAGAUGUUUCCAGUCCAGAGUAAGUAGCAGCAGUCCUAAAUGAGUUGGGAACUGAAGCAACAGAGCAUUUAUUUAACUGAAUUUUACUGCAUGACACGUCAGUCCAGAUGUCGCAAAAUAACUCGGAAAUGAUCAAACACACAGCGUUUGAAGAACAUUUUUAAACUUAAGAAUAAAAAAACAAAAAAAAAAAAAAAGGAAAAAAAAAAAUUAAAGUUUUUAUGGUAGAAUUUUUCUUGAAUGAACAAAGUUUAACUUUGUUUUCCAGGGGAAACUUCACUGAAAUCAGUAUGAUUUCAUAUGUAUGCAUACACACAGAGUUUUAUUGAAAACUGCUUUUUUCGGACGAAUUCCUGUUUUGACAAAAUAUCUGACCAGACCUUUCUCAAUCAACCAGCAUUACUGCACCUUUUAAAAAACUUUGUGAACCUUUUCUCUGAUUGUAAACUCAUCCUGUCUCAUGGGACCAGAGGGAGAUCCCCAUCCCAGCGACCGAAGGAAUCUCUCAGCUCUCUGCACACCAAAUGUGUCAUCUACACAACGAAAUCAUUUCAGUUUUUGUACUGAUGUGGUUUGAACCUUGCCCACCCCCAGGGAGUGAUGUUUCAGGGCUGUGUCACUGCUGGGAGGGUGGUGACCCCCAAUCACACAAAAACAUCAUUUCUGGUUUUGGGGGAUCCACAGCUGAGUUCCCCCUGAGCUCUCUUCCCUCUUCUCUAUGUGGUAGAAGCAGACUGCAAUUAUCUAAUCUAGUUCUUUCUCUGCUUUGGGGACUCUUAGAGCAGUUUUAAUUUUGGUUUUUUUUUUUUUUUCUUCCUUGUUUUGAAAGGAAUGAUGUUUUUUUAAAGCUGGGGUUGGAGCUGAGGGGAAGGGAUCGGGACAUGACAAAGAUAAACCACAAUGUUUUUAGUACUGGAUUUUAAAUUCUCAGUCUCUUCUUAACCCUGAGCAGUUACCACUAGGGUUAACUGGUGGGCAGGCUCUGCAUCAGUAAAGAGAAAUUUAGGAUUCCUUACACAGCAGCGUUAUCUUGCUUGAGCUGCAUUUUGUAAAGAAAAUGGUAUUUGCAUAUCUUUUUAAAAUGUCAUUUUUAAAAAAAUAAAUUAAACCACCAGCUAGGAUUUGACACAGGCCACUUAGAACACAGCCCUGAUACUGGCAUAACCAAUCCAGAAAGAUUUGUUGUUGUAUUUUUUGUUUUGUUAUUUUGGGGUUUUUUUAAUAUUUAAAAAAAAGAAGAAGAAAUUGUUACUUUUCUGUAUGAUGUGCAUGCAAAUUUACCGUAACUCUUUUUCUUAAAACUUUUUAGUGCCAUUUCUAGUAUAUUCCUGUAAAUGUCAGUUAUUGAAAAGAAAUGAGUCAAUGUAAGUAGUUUAGCUUGUUUAUUGCAAAUUGCUGGCCUCAAACAAAACAGAAUUUAAAAAAAAAGAGUUAGAAAGUAAUCUUUGAUGUUACUGGUAAUCACGGACCCUGAUCCUGGGGCAUUCGUUUUGUUUUCAUAAUAAAAAGAAAAAUUGUUUGGUGUG